CCCCCAGUUUCUUCCCAGUGCAAGAUCCUGCGCUGCAACUCCGACUUCGUGGCGGCCACGCUCAACCUCCGUGGUGCGGGCCGCGCUGCCGCGUACUGCACGGCGCUGCGCUCCUACUCGCACUGCACGCGCCGCACGGCGCGCACCUGCCGCGGCGACCUGGCCUUCCACUCGGCCGUGCACGGCAUCGAGGACCUGAUGAUCCAGCACAACUGCUCCAAGGACGGCCCCACCUCGCCCCCCCGGCCGCGCGCGCCGGCGCCGGACCGCCAAACCUUCCCGGCGUCGGAGAUGUGCGACUACGAGAAGACUUUCCUCACCAAGCACGGCCGCCCGCCGCGCUACCAGCACUGCGCCGCCUUCGGGGACCCCCACGUCCGCACGUUCCACGACGACUUCCACACGUGCCGGGUGGAGGGGUCCUGGCCGCUGCUGGACAACGAGUACCUCUUCGUGCAAGCCACCAGCGCGCCCGUGGCCGAGGGCUCCAACGCCACCGUCACCAGCAAGCUCACCAUCAUCUUCAAGAACAUGAAGGAGUGCACGGAGCAGAAGGUUUACCGCGCCGAGCUGGACAACGUGCCCGCCGCCUUCGAGGACGGCUCGGUGACGGGCGGCCAGCGCCCGGGGGGCGGCGGCGGCGGCGGUUUGCACAUCCGGGAGCGCAGCCCCGGGCGGCACGUGGAGAUCCGCGCGCCGUACAUCGGCACCACCAUCGCCGUGCGCCAGGCCGCCCGCCAGCUCUCCUUCUCCAUCCGCGCGGCCGAGGAGGUGACCCGCGCCUUCACGGCGGAGCAGGACCUGCAGCUGUGCGUGGCCGGCUGUCCCCGCAGCCAGCGCAUCUCCCGCAGCGUGCGCAGCCGCGCGGCGGCCCAGGCGGCGCGGGCGCUCUGCAAAGCCACGCUGCCGGUGGAGGACGUCUACUUCCAGUCGUGCGUCUUCGACGUGGCCACCUCCGGCGACGCCAACUUCACCAUGGCGGCACGCGGGGCGCUGGAGGACGCCAGGGAUUUCCUUCCCGACGCCGAGAAGCUGCACAUCUUCCAGGCCGGGGCGGGCGGCCCGCGCGCAUCUCCGUCCUUCCUCCUCCUCCUCCUCCUCCUCCUGCUCUCCAGUCUCUGCGCUCUCCGGUCACACUUGUGACCCCCAUUGGCACCCGUGUCCCUUUGGUUGGCACUUGUGACCCUUGUCGGAACUUGGGACCCUUUUGUUGGCACUUGUGACCUUGGUGGGCACUUGUGACCGUUUCAUGACCCUCACUGGCACUUGUGACCCUUGUUGGCACCGUGGGAUGUGUCACUUCCAAAGCGCAAAGGGAGCCCGGUGCUGAGUCAGGCCGGUGCUGAGUCAGACCCUGCCACGCACGGUGGUGGCUGUCUCCGAUGGCAUGCGCACAGCAGGAGGGGAUCGCAGGGGAUCGCAGGAGGCGAACGCUGGGGGGGGUGGCAGGAUGCGCCCCUUCCCCUUCGCUGCGCUCCUCUCCCACCGCGCAGAUCUCAGCUGCUCCCGCCGGGUUCCCCGAGGACGUGGACAUGGUGACGUUCCCACUCCGGUUUUCCUGCAGCCAGGCACCAGCGCACGACCCCACGUCGCAGCUUUGGGGCGCUGGGGAGGUGCAGAAAGAAAUCCAGAUCCCCUGCCACAGGAUGGGGUCUCCGUCGCCCUAUGGGGUUUCUGGCACCUCCUGGGGACCCCUGACUCCUCAUGGGGUCUUGGUACCCUACAGGAUUCCUGGUGCCCCAUUAAAGUCUCUGACGUGUUAUGGGGAUCCCUGGCACCCCAAUAGGGUCCCCACCAUGUAAUGUGGCUCUCUGGUGCUCUAUGGGGUUUCUGACACCUCCUGCAGACCCCUAAUACAUUAUGGGGUCUUGUUACCCUACAGGGGUCCUGGUACCCCAUUAAAGUAUCUGAUACGUUACGGGGUUCCCUGGCACCCCAAUGGGAUCCUCACCGUGUGAUGGGGUUCGUGGCGCCCUAUGGGGUUUUGGGGACC